CUCUCUCUCUAUCCAUGUGUCUGAAUGUCUCUCGCCCUCUCUCUGUCAGAACAAUGUGUCGUUCACAAUAAUGGGAUUACAGCCAUCCAGCCGGCUGCUCGCUCUCUCUCCCGCUCUCUCUCUCCUGUCAUCUCUCUCUCUCUCCAUCUGUCUGUCCUAGUCGAUCGUCCCCUCUCUCUCUCUCUCGCCCGGGUGUGCAGGUUCUUUCAGUUCUUGUCGUCUGUUUUUGGGGGAAUGAAAGAAAGACGGACUGUUUCCUGAAUGAAGUAAAGAGGAGCUGCCAUGUUGGCCUCCUCCAUUCCCCCGUCUCUCCUCUUCCUCUUCCUCCUCCUCCUCCUCCCCCCACCCUCCCGCCCCGCUGAUGCCAUCCCGACCUCUGACCCCUUGGUGCGGUGGGUGGAGCUCAGCGGCGCCGCUCUCUCUCACCUGGUGCUGGACCCGGGGGCGGGGCGUCUCUACGCUGGCGGGGUCGACCACCUGUACCAGCUGACCGCCGACCUGGAGGUGAUGUCACACGUGAGGACCGGCCCUCACCUGGACUCGCCGGACUGCCUGCCCCCGAUCGUGCCACAGGAGUGCCCCUCGGCCACGCCCACUCACAACCACAACAAGCUGCUGCUGAUGGAGCCGGCGCAGGGGGCGGGGCCAGGGAGCCUGAUCGUCUGCGGAUCGCUCUAUCAGGGGAUCUGUGAUAAGAGGAGUCUGUCCAACAUCUCUCAGCUCAUCUAUCAGACCUCCAACCCCGUCGACACGCAGUACGUGGCCGCCAACGACCCCCGAGUCUCCACCGUGGCCGUGGUGAUAACCACGGAGAACAAGCAGGAAGGUGGCGGGGCCGGCGGCGUCCUGCGUCUGAUGCUGGUCGGCCGAGGCUACACCAGCAAAGGUCCCGGCGACAUCCCACCAAUCACGACGCGGCGUCUGUCCCCCGUGGUCCCGCCUCGCCGGGCGUUCUCUCAGGAGGAGGAGCUGGGCAAACUCGUCGUAGGGAGUUACUCUGAGUACAACAACCACUUUGUGAAGGCCGUCGCCCAUGGCAACCACGUCUACUUCCUGUUCUCUCGGCGGGACAUGUGGCACAAGAAGGAGUACCGGACGUACGCGUCGCGGCUCUGCACCGCCGACCGCAGCUUCUACUCGUACGUGGAGGUGCCGCUGCUGUGCGGCAACGGCUACAACCUGGCUCAGGGAGCGUGGCUCGGGAACCACUCGGGCGAGCCCGCCCUGUUCGUUGUCAUGGCGACGGGGCAAGCGUCCACGCCCGUGGCGACCGGGCGCUCCGCGCUGUGUGUUUACGGGAUGGCAGAGCUGGACGCCAUGCUGCGGAGAGCGCAGGAAGUGUGUUACACAGAGGGAGGGCGAGGCAGCAGCGGGCAGGAAGAGGCCUACAUCGAAUACGCCGUGUCAUCGAAAUGUCUGAAACUACCACAGGACUCUCUGUCAGAGUACCCCUGCGGGGGGGAACACACCCCCAACCCCAUCGCCAGCGCCGUGCCGCUCCCCGCCACGACCACCUUUACCUCCACAACCCAGCUGACUGCCGUUACCACGGCAACAGAGGCGGGACACACCAUUGCCUUUCUGGGAGACAGAGAGGGACGACUGCACAAGGUGCUGGUGCGCUCUGAUGGGUCAGGGGAUCUGUAUGGCAGUGUGUUGGUGGACAGCGGCAGUGCCGUCAGCGCUGACCUCCUAUUGGACGACAGCCAGCAGCACGUUUAUGUUUUAACCAACAGCAGGCUGUCGAAGGUUCCUGUGUCGUCAUGUGAGAGACAGACAGACUGUCAGUCCUGUCUCGCUGUCAGAGACCCGUACUGUGGCUGGUGUGUCCUGGAGGGAAGAUGUUCCCGCAAACAUCAGUGUCAGCGCCACGUGCAGCCCAACCAUUGGCUCUGGAGCUUUGAACCGACCAAUCUGUGUGUGACAGUGCAGAGCCUGCAGCCAGCCAAUCAGAGCAAAGACGAGCAGACACAGGUAACGCUGUCAGUCGUCCAGCUUCCCGACCUCACUGAGGCGGAGUCUCUGUCCUGUGUCUUCGGGCUCCUACCACCUCAACCCGCUAUCGUCGCGGGAACCAGCAUUACCUGUCAAUCACCCGCGCCGGAGCUCCUCCCACCCAUGCUAACAGGAAGUGAUCACAUGAUCCUGCCCGUGUCACUGAUGUUUGGUCAUGUGACCGUCACCACGGGCGACAUGACCUUCUACGACUGUGGAGCUGUGAGCCAAUUAAACCAGAGCUCCCAGUGUCUGGCGUGCGUCAGCAGUGUGUGGGGGUGUAACUGGUGUCCUCUGGAUCAACUCUGCACCCACAACCACAGCUGUCCCAACCAACACAUCAUCCUCAACCAGAGAGAGUCUCCUGGUCCCACUUCCUGUCCUCUGGUCUUCGCCCUGCAGAGUUCCGCCUUAGUGCCGUUGGGCCUGAGCACCACUGUUGUGCUGCAGGGACGAAACCUGGACGUCUACACUGAUGAAGCUCAGUAUUUGUGUGUUGUGGAAAUCGAAGGAGUCCAGUUCAAUCUGACAGCUGCUGUGGAGAAAACGCACGACAACACACACACCUUCACCUGCAGCCCACACCAGUUUCAGUAUGCUGUCAGUCAGCUUCAGUAUUCGACUGCUGUCUAUCUGCGCAGAGGAGAGAGACGCAUCGACACCUUACCUGGCCUCCAACUCCAGCUGUACGACUGCUCAGCCGGCCAAUCAGAUUGCUCACAGUGCAGGGCGGUGCCAGAGGAGUACGGCUGUGUGUGGUGUUCAGGAAGUUGUGUUUACAACCAAUCCUGUACCAGCGUACCUGCAGACACCUGCCCCCCUCCUCAGAUCACACAGGUACUUCCUGUCUCCGGUCCAUUGGAGGGCGGAGUCCUGGUGACGAUCACAGGGUCAAAUCUGGGAAUGAAGUACCAGGAUGUGAUGGGCGGAGUCACAGUGGCAGGUGUUCAGUGUCUGCCCAGAGCUGAAGGAUACCAGAUCUCCACCAGGGUUGUGUGUGAGCUGCAGUCCAGUGGGAAGGAGAGGGAGGGGCCUGUCCUGGUUGCUGUGGGAACAACUCCACCUGGAAGGUCGACACAGAUGUUCACCUAUCAGGACCCGCAGCUCCUGGACCUGGUCCCUGAUAAAGGUCCCGUCUCCGGGGGAACCAGACUGACCAUCAGAGGACGGCAGCUGCUGACCGGACAGAAGUCUGACCUCACUGCCUUCCUGGGCCCCCAGCCCUGCUACUUUGUGGAGGAGGUGACAGAUACCCAGCUGGUGUGCCAGACUGGUCCCAGUAACCAGACCGGUGGAGUAACUCUCCGGCUUCUCUUCGGUAAAGCGGAGAGAACCGUGCCCAACGUCACCUUCCGUUACCUUGACGACCCCGUCAUCACCGACGCCACGCCUGCGGAGAGCUUCUACGCAGGCGGCCGUGUCGUCAUGGUGACGGGCAGGAACCUGGGCGUCGUGCAGCAGCCAAUCAUAUCGGUGUGGGUGGAGCCUGUGGUGGUCCAGAGGGUGAAACGGAGAAGACGAUUGGCUCUGCUCACCGCCAAGCAGCAGCUGGUGUUCAACAGCACCAUGACAACGGUGUCAGAGCGCUGCUCUGUCCUGUCGUCCUCUCAGAUGAGCUGUCCGACCCCCGCGGUGACCCCAGAGGUCAAGGUGAAGGGCGUCUGGUUUCAGCUGGACAACGUCAGAGUCCACUACGAAACCAUCAAGGGUAAAAGCUUCACCUAUUAUCCCAACCCUGAGUUCUUUCCCCUGAAUAGAGAAGCUCCAGAUGCUCCGUAUCGCUUCAAACCAGGAGGAGUGAUCGCCGUGGAGGGUCAGCACCUGACCAGAGCGAUAUCGAGACAGGAAGUGACUGCUCGACUCGGAGAUCGUGAGUGCGAGGUGAAAACUCUGGACAACACUCACCUGUACUGUGAACCCCCAGAGAUCCAACCGCUGAGCGUGGACGACAGCAGCGAGCUGCCCUGCCUCAAGGUGUUCAUGGGAAACCUGAAGGUGGACCUGGGACUGGUUCAGUACGACAGCGACUCUCUGUCUGUCGUCCCAUUGGCUGCUCAGAUCAGUUUGGGGGCGGGAGCUGCUGUCAUCAUCCUGUCAGUGCUGGUCGUCAUCCUCAUGUACAGGAGGAAGAGUAAACAGGCUCUCCGAGAUUAUAAGAAGGUUUUGCUGCAGUUGGAAACUCUGGAGAUCAACGUGGGAGACCAAUGUCGCAAAGAGUUCACUGACCUGAUGACAGAGAUGAUGGACCUGAGCAGUGAUGUUGGGGGACCUGGACUCCCCCUGCUGGACUACAGGACGUAUGCAGAGAGGGUCUUCUUCCCCGGCCAGCAGGUGGCGCCGCUGAGCCGGCAGCUGGACCUGCCAGAGUCCCGGAGGCAGACGGUGGAGCAGGGCCUGCAGCAGCUCAACAACCUGCUCAACAACAAGCUCUUCCUCACCAGGUUCAUCCACACGCUGGAGGCCCAGCAGGGCUUCUCUCAGAGGGACCGGGGUUACGUGGCCAGUCUGCUCACCAUGGCGCUGCACGAUAAGCUGGAGUACUUCACCGAGGUCAUGAAGAGUCUGCUGCAGGACCUGGUGCAGCAGUACGUCGCCAAGAACCCCAAACUCAUGCUGCGCCGGACUGAGACAGUUGUCGAGAAGAUGUUGACCAACUGGAUGUCGAUCUGCCUCUACUCCUUCCUCAAGGAGGUGGCUGGGGAGCCUCUGUACAUGCUCUACCGAGCCAUAAAGUACCAGGUGGAUAAAGGGCCGGUGGACUCUGUGACAGGAAAAGCCAAACGGACGCUGAACGACAGCCACCUGCUGCGGGAGGACAUCGACUACUGCGCCAUGACUCUGACAGUGUUGGUGAAGAAUGGAGUCGAAGUUCAACCUUGUCCUGUUAAAGUGCUCGACACAGACACAAUCACACAGGUGAAGGAUAAGAUCCUGGAUCAGGUCUACAGAGGAGCUCCAUUCUCUCAGAGACCAGCAGCAGACAGUCUGGACCUGGAGUGGCGUUCGGGUCAGGCGGGUCACCUGACGCUGUCAGACGAUGAUGUCACAGCGGUGGUUCAGGGUCGCUGGAAACGAGUCAACACUCUGCAGCACUACAAGGUCCCAGACGGAGCCACGGUGGCCCUGAUUCCUCGUUCUCAGAGUUCAGGUGGAGUUGGAGUCAACCAGGUCUUCCAGACCGGAGAGAAAACGCCGAUGCUGGAGGGCGAGGAGGAGGAGGGUCUGCGUCUGUGGCACCUGGUGAAGAGCAGCGAAGAUCCGGAAAUCCCAAAACACAGAAAGAGCAGCAUGAGGGAGAGAGAGAGAGCCAAGGCCAUACCUGAGAUUUACCUGACCCGACUGCUGUCCAUGAAGGGGACGCUGCAGAAGUUUGUGGACGAUGUUUUCGUGGCGAUCCUCAGUACGAAGCGUCCUCCUCCGAUUGCGGUCAGAUUCUUCUUCGACUUCCUGGACGACAUGGCCGAGAAACACGGCAUCGACGACCCCGAGACCGUCCACAUCUGGAAGACCAACAGUCUCCCUCUCAGGUUCUGGGUGAAUAUCCUGAAGAAUCCUCAGUUUGUGUUGGACGUCCAGGUGUCCGACAGCAUCGACGCAGUUCUGUCUGUCAUCGCUCAGACCUUCAUCGACUCCUGCACCACCUCGGAGCACAAAGUGGGACGGGACUCUCCUGUGAACAAGCUGCUGUACGCCAGAGAGAUCCCCCGAUAUAAACAGCUGGUGGAGAGGUAUUACAGUGAUAUCCACAGCGCUGCGUCAGGCUGUUAUCAGGAGAUGAACUCCACUUUGACUGAACUGUCUGGGAGUUUUGCCUCAGAGAUGAACAGUCUUGUUGCUCUUCAUGAACUCUACAAGUACAUCAACAAAUAUUAUGACCAGAUCAUCAUGUCUCUGGAGGAGGACAGUUCAGGGCAGAAGAUGCAGUUGGCCUAUCGGCUGCAGCAGGUCGCCGCCCUGGUGGAGAACAAGGUCACUGACCUCUGAUGACCUCCGACCCCGUCAACCUGCCCCCAGGAAGCGAUGACCUCUGACCCCGCGACCCUGAAGACACUCGGAGCUCCUGCUGAGGAAGAGGAGGAGGAGGAAAGCCCUUCCUGUUGAACAUCUUCAGCAGCUCUGAGAGACUGAAAAUCAUUGGACUCCUGUUAACACUGUCUUCCUGCUCUGUCUGUCUGUCUGUCUGUCUGUCUGUCUGUCUGUGUGUGUGUGUGUGUGUGUGUGUGUGUGUGUGUGUGUCGGGGAUAUAUGAGGUUUUUCUAGUCAGACUCAGGCGAUCCCAAUUCUUUCGAUUCCUUUUCUCCGCAGCAG